UUGGGUUUUCUAAUGGUUUUCUAUUUCAGUUCCCAUGAGAAAACACUAAUAAUCUCACACUUGUUUACAUUAGUUGGCAAGAAGAACUACAAAAUGUAGACUGUUUAAUUAUAUCGAGUCUACAUAAACCACACAGUUGCAUUGCAGAAAGAUGAAUUUGUCUCCAAGAUCACAGUAAUCUUUGGUUAGUUGAGCAGAGUUACAGCACUGGACGGUUCCUGGUACCAUCUCCCACUGCCUUGCACUCUUAAGCGAUGUCGUCACCAGCAGAGCUCAAGAACGCUGAAAAACAAAGCGAUGAGGAGCAAGACAGCUACAGUACCGACUCACCCACCAGCAGUCAUAGCUCCUCUCCAAACACACCCACUAACUCUGUGCUGCUAAAAGACUCGGAACACAAUACUGCAGUCAUCCUAAAAUCGGAAACAAGUGAAUCCCGCUCUCUGCCCAAUGGAGAAUCCAAUCUACACAGCUAUUCGGCAAGUCUAAACAAUCAAGAAGCAGCAACUUUAGGACAGGCUGCUUCAGGCUAUGGACAGUUGCCUCCUACCAUGCUGUUACCUCCGUACAAUUACAAGGCAACUCAGUCGACGCCAGAAGGCAUUUCACUGAGCAACUAUGUAAAAAUGAUGACAUUGCAACAGGGGGGUGGAGCUGGAGGUCCCCCUAUAUACCCUAUGCCAGGUGCCUUUUCGCCUGCUGGUCUUCUCACAGAUGCCCCAGGCAGUGAGCUGGCCACUGUCAUCACGCCGACCACCAUCACUCCUCCAUACCAAGACAUGGGUUACGCCGCUCAGUGUCUCCUAAUGAACCAGGCUCAACAGUUAGGGCCCUUCCCAACUGGCUUUCAACACCACCCUCUAGCUAAAGCAAGUCAAAUACCAGCUCAUGGCAUAAAGCCUGUGGAUGACAAACACAGUCACUUGGCGUAUCAACAAGACAUGGCUCGAAUGCAUGCAAGCUCUUCAUUUCGUGGACAAGCGUCUAGACGGUCUAUUAAGCGGUCUCAUGACCACUCCAUGGAGCCAGAUGACGAGAGAGGGGUUGAGUCUGGUCUUGAGCAGCUGGCUGAACGAGGGUCUCAGUUUCCAGCCGAGGGGGAUGGGGGUAGGGACGAGAGACGAAUAGUCAAUUCCGAUGCAGUGGAUAGACUACCUCACCAGCUGAAGUGGCGAGCACACAUGGUGGAGAGCUGGCAGGGAAUGUGUGAUGCGGCACUCAUUGACAUCCACAAUAUUGGGUUCCAGGUGGAAACAGAUAAAGGUUUCAACUUUUCCAUUAUUGAUGACUCUUUUGUGUGUCAGAAGAAGAACCAUUUUCAGGUGACCGUGACAGUGCUGUUCAAACGAGCACCAAAGUUUGUCAAAAUGAAAAAUGGAUCCAUCCAACCAAUCGAGAGGUUCACAUUGAAUCUCCACGGCAUAAGAUUUGAGCAGGUGAACAGCAGCAUCCAGUUGGAACAGUCACGCUCAGAUCGAACGAAAAUUAGAUACACCCCAGACAUGAUUGAGAUUCCGGACAAUCCAGAGAAACCAGUGAAGCGUACCGUCGGUCGUCUUCAUUUCAGUGAGACAACACAUAACAACAUGAGGAAAAGAGGUAAACCAAACCCGGAACAGAAGUAUUUUUCUCUUGUGGUUGCUCUGCACGCUGAAACUCCAGACAACUCACUACCAGUUUGUGCCCACGUUUCAGAGAGAAUCGUUGUUCGAGCUUCUAAUCCUGGCAACUUCGACAGUGAUAGUGACUACCUCUGGUACAAAUGCUCCAACCCUGAGAACAUCUUCCACCACGGACGAGUUGGUAUCAACACAGACAAGCCUGAUGAGGCACUCACUGUACAUGGCAACAUUCAAGUCACCGGCCAAGUGCUUCAGAUAUCUGACAGCAGAGUGAAAAAGAAUAUACAACCAGUGGUCUCUCGACAUCACCUUGACAACAUAUCACGACUCAAGCUCUACUCCUACCAGCUGGCCACAGGAGGGGGAAGUGGUGAGAUCAGCCCAACACCAGAGGAGGGGACGAGGCAUCGCACACAGGUUGGGUUGUUGGCACAAGAGGUUCAACAAGUGAUACCUGAUGCUGUCAUGGAAACAAAUGCUGAGGCUAAGUUGAGUGAUGGCGUGUGUGUAAAGAAUCUACUAAUGGUGGACAAAGAUCAGGUCUUGAUGGAGACCAUCGGAGCAGUGCAGGAGCUCAAGAUCCUCACUAACAAGCUAAGUGAGCAGGUGAAUGUAUUGAAAAAGGCACAGGCCCAGCCCUGCCUCCAUGAUCUGCAGCAGUCGCCAUGGGGACAUUCUAAACUAUGGAUAGCCAAUACCAUGCUGAUAGUUAUUGUCGUUUUAUUACUGUUUAUUUAA